AUGAGGCGACCCCAGCAACUGACAUAUUUCAUUGACGACCCAUCUAAUUUUGAACAGUUUCCAAGAAAACAUACAGAGAAAGACACUCCGUCACCACAUACCGAAGAACCAAGAUGCUUCGAACUCCGCGCCUUGGAGAUUUUCGUGAACGACUUCAAAAAGCGACGUGCUCAAUUGGGAUACACCCAGGCCCAUGUUGGAGUCGCCCUAUCAGCCAUCCAUGGCAGUGAUUUCAGCCAGACAACCAUCAGUCGAUUCGAGAACCUGCAGCUGAGUUAUAGAAACGCUUGUAGUCUGAGGCCAACUCUGGAGAAAUGGUUGUUAGAAGCAGAGACAUCGAGCACUAUGAUGUCUGGUGGUCGGAAGAGGAAACGUCGUACUGCCAUUAGUUCGACUGCUAAGGACUUCCUGGAGCGGUGUUUCGAAUCUCAGCCCAAACCGUCUUCUUGGGAUAUAUCGUCGAUCGGCCGGAUCUUGUGCCUAGAGAGAGAAGUGGUUCGCGUCUGGUUUUGUAACAGGAGACAGAGGGAUAAACGAGUGAAGAUGUCGUUGGAAACUGUUGACCGCCUACAGGAAUAA